CGUCCUGAGGUUGGCCGCGCCGACAUUCGUAUAAGCGUGACGAUUUUUCCGCGCGAUAACGCACGUCAGGUGUCAGUCGACUACCGCUUGUCGUCGCGCGCGGAUCUACGAAAAAGAGGGAGACGGAAAGAGAAAGAGAGAGAAGGAGCGUCUCUCUCAUCACACACAUACAUACAAACACACACACACGGCUGUCCGAAAUAUAUCUUUCGUGUGAAACCGAUAAUGAAUGUCGACAAACGAUAAGCUGGUCUGAGGGGCAUGUCAGCUGUGACGUACGUUCGCACCAUACGUUACAGAGAGUCGAGAUUUCCGCCGAGAUUUGUCCUUCGUCCUCACGAUGUAUCGGCGAGGCGUGACGGAGGUGUCGACUACAUUGACGGAAUUCGAGGAGAGCGUGUCCUUCGACGCGGACGAUCCGGACUUCGCGCCCACAUCGGACGCCGUGCGGAAUGUCCUUCUUCGCGACGCACGUCGUCUCGCGGACGCCAAAUUCGACGUUAAUAAAGGAUCCGCUUAUCAGUGCAACAUGUCGGUCACUUCCGUGCAACCAGCCACCACCGAGAGCCUCUCCCGCCACGGGAGUAACAUAUCGUUAUCCCGCCACAGCCUGUGCGGGAGCGUGGACGACGGUCUGCAGGGCUCGCAUCCCCAGUACCAGGACACGAUCCUCACGAUCGAGGAGCUGCGCGCCCAGCUCAACUCCUGCUUUACAUGCGGAGUGUCGUGGAGCGAGGAGCACGUCUCCCUGGACUGCAGCGAGUGCGGCGGUUACUCCCUGCAACGGCCGUGCCCGCUCUGUGACGGUCGCUGCCGCACCGUGUGGAAGCGCGACCUCACCAUGUCCCAUGCGAGUGGUAAGGCGAGAUGGAUCGGUGAGUGCGGGCUGAGCUGCGGACCCUCCCUGGAGGAGUCGCUGGUGCCCGCGUUGGAGAAGCUGCGGGCUACCUCGUGAACGGCGUCGGCCCGAGCACCGCCAACCAUGCACAAGACUUAAAUCCAUCACCAACCAUCUAGCGUCACCCACCACCAUCGCGUGCGAGACCCAGGAGAGAAAGAGAAAUGUGUGAAUGUGAACCGUGGAUGAUAUGCAUUAUGUUCCUGAGGAGGGCGGCUGACGAGGGGGGAAAAAGGGGACCUGUUUCGGGCCCUCGUGGCUUCUUCCCCCGUAAGACACAAAAGCCGUAUUCAGCUGGUCCCUCGACAUCAGGGACCACCGUCGUCAUUUAUCGUCUUUCCGGCGAAAGUACAAAACUUAUACGCAAUCGACGUCCGAAUUCUACGAAGAAUUUCUACGUUACACUGAACUUAACUACGUUGCAGCGAACUAGUUUGAAUACUGCUCUUACCGAGAACGGAUUCCAAUUUUUUUUUUUUUUUUACGCCGAUUCACUGUGUCGCGAAGUUCAUUUCGAUUCCUUCUUCAGCAAUUUCUGAUCAGAAUUCAAAUUACGAUAACAAUUUCUGCUAGGAAACAGAUUUUGUCGUCUUCGAACGAAUCUUUCUUGCCGUUGAUAUGAAAUUGUAUCAUCGUUGCGAAAAAAAACUUAUUUGCAAAAUGGCUUCUUUGCAAAGCAAGAGAAAUAGAUAAUUUGCCAAAGAGAAAUCUUUCUGUUCGAGAAUACGUAUUUACAAAACAGAUUUGAUUGCUCUUUGAAAUAUUUUUGGAUUUUACCUAUUGUCUUAAGUUUAGAGUAUAAAUAUGUAAUGUCGAAAAAAAAAACAAGCAGCAAGAAAAGCAAGAAUGAAUCGAAAGGACACUCUGAUAACUUUUCUUUUUUUAAUUCACUCAGUUUGUACCUAAAAUCUUUCUGGUUGGUGUAUAAAAUUCGAGAUGUGCGCAAAGAAGAAUAAGAGAAUGUAAUCUCAGAGUUUAUGUGGACACGAAACGGAUCAUUAAUUUUAGUUUUGAUUGACAUCGUUAUGUCUUGGAAACUACUACUGUUCUCGCGCAGAAUAAUUUUGGUAGUUGUAAUAUUCCGAAAUAUUUUUAUAUCAUUUGGCCGUCGUAACAAUUUAUUUGCCAUCACUCGCAUACUUGUAAGCAGAAUUGAACUUCUCGAUGCAAUUUUCGCCACGUUUGCACCUGAAUCGGUCAGUUUAGAAAACGGCGGUAAGGCCGUAAUUUUUUCCAAAUUAAAACAGCUAGAAGACUUCUCGCGAAAGUGUGUAUUCUAAAGAUUUUUAUAUUGUGUGUGUAAGUAAUAUAAUAACAUCAUUGUCACAUCGUUAUAGUUACGUAUCUAUUUUGAGAUAAUUUUAAUUUCUUAAAUUUAAAGUGUUCAGAAAACGACCGAUUCAUUUGCCGAAAAAUUCGAUUUUUACCGCGGAUUGAUUAUUAUAAAUGUUUUCCUUUUUUUUUCAAAUUAUUCAAAAUUGCCGUAAUAUUUUUCCGAAGCGCGAGGCUUGCACGAUGUAGCAAAUAUCAUUGAAACUUCGGAAAACUUUUAAUGACGGUAGCUUAGAUCUUCGGUCGUUCCUAUAUAGCAAUGCGAGAGAAGCCCCGAUCUUCACUUUACUUUUUUACGUAACGCAAGUUACACCUCGGCCUCUCUGUCGCGCGAAGGAGCGCGAGUUUGCAUUACGCGAAUUCUUAGGAUAAUUUAUUAGGCGACAAUUAAUCGAUCGAGAGCGAUCUGACGGCGAGAAGCCCGUCCGAGGCUAUCGCGCGAGAGCACGACGUAUCGGUUUCGUUAGGUAAAUAAUUCCUCGGUAAUCCCUCGCUUUCAAUUGUCACAACUGUAUCAUCGGCGAAAAUAAUUCCGAGCUUGCGACUUGUAUACGAUAAAAAUUUAGUCCAAGUUUUGCCUCUCUAGCGAGGAUUUAGUGUUAAACGUGACGUGAUUCAAUCGUCAUAGCCCUAAGGAUCGAUAGGCAAGUCGGUGUGUUACGAAUUUGAGAAAAAUUAUUUCCACAAAUUAUAGCAAUUAGAAAGUUUAUCGUUUCGAAGCAUUAAUUACACUUCGAAAUUGGUACGGCGAGGAGAAAAGGCUACGUGAAUACACAAUUGUACUAUUCGUUCGCAUUUUAACUGGAAAAUUUAUACGAAUCUCCUUGGGUCUAUGAAAGUUUAAAAAGAGCCGGAGUUGUAUUUAUAGCGUUCCUCGACAAAGAUACGUCAUGCUCGCUUUAAAUCGUCCGCUUUCCUGUCGAGCUUUUCUGCCAAGCGUUUGGAGAAGUACUGCUCGACCCCAAAGUGCGUGAGAACGUCUCAUGCGGUUUAACAAGUGUGUGCUCGACACAAAGAAAAUUGCGAGUGCCAAAAAAA